AUACCGCCCCUUCCCACCUCCUCUCCUCUUCCUCUCCCCGAAGACAAAACGCAGAAUGGCAUUCAGAUCUUCCCUUAGGCCAUUGAGCCUGGCCGCGAGGUCGUCUCUCAUGUCCUCCUCGAGGGGCUUCCACUCAACUCGCCCGGCGUUCGUCAAGGUUGGAGAUUCUAUUCCCAACCUGGAAGUCCUUGCAGAGGGCUCGCCUGCCAACAAGGUCAAUCUCGCCAAGGAGCUCGCCACCGGGAAGGGUCUCAUCAUCGGCGUACCGGGAGCUUUCAGCCCUGGGUGCUCGCAGAAGCACAUCCCAAGCUAUCUCAAGCAUCCUAAUCUCCAGGAUGCGGGCAAGGUCUUUGUCGUCUCCGUCAAUGAUCCUUUCGUCAUGGGGGCCUGGGGCGAUGCUCUGGACUCAAGCGGAGCUAUAGGUAUCCGCUUCCUUGCCGAUCCGGUCGCCGAAUUCACCAAGGCGCUGGACCUCGACUUUGAUGCCACCAAGAUCUUCGGCAACGUGCGGAGCAAGCGGUAUGCCCUCGUGACGGAGGACGGUAAAGUCAAAUCUACCCACAUCGAGAGUGACGGAACGGGUACGAACGAUUCUAUGGCAGAGAAGGUUCUUGGGCCUCCUACCUCACUGGACUGGAAUGCUUGAACGCCCUUCUGCAGCCUCCCGGCGUGGAAUUUAUCUAUCAUGUCGCGUGAGAUUACUGCAAAUUUUCCCAAAACUAAGAACAUGUUUAUCCCCAAAAGGUUUUUGCAAACUUCAUGAGACCGUGCAAACAAAUCGCGAGGCCACGGCAUCAGCCUGCGUAUAGGAUUGGCAUUUGCAGUUAGUCUGUAUUCUGCUCAAAUCAUACUUUAAUUUAG